UGAGCCCAAAUAGCAAAAGGCCCAAAACCCAAAACCCUGUUGCCUUUGUCGUCUUCUCCGUCGAUUCACACAAACCAAACAUAAUAUAUCUCUCUUUCUCACUACCCCAACGGAACCCUACCCCCUCCGCCACCCACCGCCGCCUAUCUUCCCUCUCCGGAAUCCUCAUGAUACGGUAUUUAUUUGUAGUGAUACUGUUUGAUCUUGUUCAAGUACGUUGAUGGGUAACUUUAUUAGACUUGGUAUCGGGUUCUUUGUGUUGAUUGAAGAGUGUACAAGUAGCUAUCUUUAUUGGAGAAAGGUAUAAUCACUAAAACUUUAAAAUUCUUUAUUUAGUGGAGUUUGAAUAUCUUAGAUAUUCAUUCGUAGUGAAGUAAGUUCUCCGAUUAAUUAUACUGCGGUCGGAUGGGUGGAAUAUGCAUGUUGGAUGAGUUUAGAUAUCUUAAAUAUUCAUCCGUACUGAAAUAGGUUUUGCGAAUACAUGUAAUGCGGUCGGAUGGGUGGAUAAUUUUUGUACUGUUAAUGCUAUUUUGUUUGUUUUGUUUCUUAUUUUUGGCAUGUUUAAAAUUUUUGGGACGUCCGAUUACAGUCGUUAUGUUACUAAAAUUUUGGUAGAAUUAGGAUAAAUUUUCAUGUUUAGAAUGCAUAAAUUUCACUAAAAUUUAUAUAUGUGCGGUAGUUAAUUUAACUAAUUAAAUACUACACAUAUUCAAACAAAUAAUUAAAUAUUGUUUUGUUUUCUUUAUAGAAGUUUUAAAAUGGAUAGAAAUUGGAUGAAUGCAAAUAGAUUAUCAGCGGAGUAUAAACAAGGUGUUGACCAUUUCUUGGACUUUUGUCAGAAGUAUGCGAAAAAUCCUAAAUUGGUUCUUUGUCCUUGUCUUGAAUGUGGUAACUUGGAUCGUAUGAACAUUACUAAGAUAAAAGAGCAUUUGUUAAGGAACGAAAUAGAUAAGAGUUAUAAGGUUUGGGUUUACCACGGGGAAAAGAAGAUUAGAGUUCCGGGCGAGGGAACAUCUAAGUCUAAGAAGGUUAAGGGUGUUAAUUUGGACUAUGAGGAUGAUUGCAUUCCAGAAAUGAUAGGAGAUGCACAAUUUGAAUCAAAUGCCGAUCUAUUGAAAUUUCAAAGUUUUGUAGAGGAUGCCGAGAAGCCUAUUUACCCAAAUUGUAAUAGAUUUACUAAAUUAUCGACACUUGUUAGAUUAUACAAUAUAAAAGCCAAACACGGGUGGAGUGAUAAGAGUUUUACGGAUUUACUAACUUUCCUAGUAGAGUUAUUACCCGAAGGUAAUGUGAUGCCUUUGUCUUUUUACGAGGCAAAGAAGACACUUUCUUCUUUAGGCAUGCAAUAUGAAAAAAUACAUGCAUGUCCUAACGAUUGCAUCCUAUAUCGUAAGGGACUUGUGGAUGCAGUAUUGUGUCCCACGUGUGGCGAGUCUAGGUGGCAAAAAAAAAAAAAAAUUCUGACGAGGUGAAGGUUGGUGUCCCUGCAAAGGUAUUAUGGUACUUACCCCCAAUACCUCGUUUGGUUCGUUUUUUUCGAAAUGUCAAUCAUGCUAAAAAUUUGACUUGGCAUGCAAGCGAUAGAAUAUUAGAUGGUAAGAUGAGACAUCCAGCUGACUCACCAACUUGGAAAUCUAUUGAUGCUAGGUGGCCUGAAUUCGGCAAUGAACCUAGGAAUAUCCGUCUUGGUCUUUCUGUAGAUGGAAUCAAUCCACAUACAACCCUUAACAGUAAGUAUAGUUGCUGGCCAGUUUUGCUUGUGAUGUAUAACUUGCCGCCUUGGUUGGUAAUGAAGCGAAAAUUCACUAUGCUUACACUGUUGAUAUCAGGCCCUUCACAACCUGGUAAUGACAUUGAUGUGUAUUUAGCCCCUCUAGUUGAUGAUUUGAGUCAAUUGUGGUAUGAGGGUGUUCCUGCAUACGAUGCCUUUAGGAAAGAAGAAUUCAAUCUUAAGGCCAUAUUACUGUGGACCAUUAAUGAUUUUCCAGCUUUCGGAAAUCUUUCUGGAUACAGUGUGAAAGGGGACAAGGCAUGUCCUAUUUGUGAGGAGAAAACAUGCUCUAUGUAUUUGAAACACUCUAAGAAAAUGUGUUAUAUGGGACAUCGAAAGUUUUUACCAAAGGAACAUGUGUUUCGGACUUGGAAAAAAGCAUUCAACGGUAAGCAAGAAUUUGAAUUGCCACCUUCACCUCUGCAAGGGGAACAAGUAUUUGAGAAGUUGAAUAAAGUUCAAUUCCACCUUGGAAAGCGAAAAAUGACUUCAAAGAAAAGAAAAGGUCGGCGUGAGAAAAGUGACGUUACAAAUGAACCUCAGGGGCCAUGGAAGAAGAAGUCAAUAUUUUUUGAGCUCGAAUAUUGGAAGCAUUUGUUUGUACCUCAUAAUUUGAAUGUGAUGCAUAUUGAGAAAAAUGUAUCAAACAACUUGCUUAAUACCUUGUUCAAUAUUCCUGGGCGGAGCAAAGAUGGAAUCAAAUCCCGCCUAGAUUUGAAAGAGUUAGGGAUCCGGACCAAUUUACACCCACAAGUUGUUGGUGGACGAACGUUUUUACCACCGGCUUGUCAUGCUCUGACUAAAGUAGAAAAACAAUCUUUCUGUAGUUCUAUCUCCCAUGUGAAAUUACCUGAAGGGUACUCUUCAAAUGUAUCAGAUUGGGUGGAUACAAACAAAUUGAGUUUGAGUGGUCUUAAAUCUCACGAUCAUCAUAUGUUGAUUCAACACAUUCUACCGGUGAGUAUCCGUUCUGUGUUGCCUAAGAAAGUUAGAUAUGCAAUCACGAGGUUGUGUUUGUUCUUCAAAUCUCUUUGUUGUAAAGUGGUUGAUGUCCCUAAGUUAAUGAAUCUCAGGUCAGAAAUUAUAGAAGUUUUGUGUUAUUUGGAACAAUUUUUUCCACCUUCCUUUUUUGACAUAACGGUUCACCUAACAGUGCAUUUAGUGAGAGAGGUGAAGUUGUGUGGACCUGUGUACUUAAGAUGGAUGUACCCAUUUGAACGAUACAUGAAAAUGUUGAAGGGUUAUGCUAGAAAUAAAAGUAGGCCCGAGGGUUGUAUUGUUGAAUCAUACAUCGUUGAAGAGACGAUUGAAUUCUGCUCAGACUACAUGUCAGAGGUUACAACUGUUGGCUCUCGCCCUACUCGGGUCGAUAUUGGAACAAGUAGAGAGAAUAGAGGUGUUUCUGUUUGCGGUGUUAGCCGAGCUGAUCGUGAAGAAGCUCACCGACUUGUUUUGCAAAAUAUUGACGAGGUCCAACUAUACAUUGAGGAACAUUUUAAUUGGAUCAAGACCACUACUCCGACUAAGGCAAUGAAUCAAAAAUGGGUACAAGAUGAACAUUAUCGAAAUUUCAAUACAUGGUUUAAAAAAAAGGUAUAUGUGGAAAUGUGUGAAUCCCCAAGCAAUGUAUCUAACACGCUACUUUGCAUAUCACGAGGUCCUUCGUGUGAUGUACUCAAGUAUCAAUCGUACUAUAUAAAUAGUACUCAAUUUUGCACCCAAAACCAUGAUAAAUGUAAAAAAACACAGAAUAGUGGUGUAACGAUAGUUGCUAAGACUUUCCAACUAUCUAGUUCAAAAGAUAAAAAUUCUAAUGAAUGUGACAUGUCUUUUUAUGGUGUAAUUCAAGAAAUUUGGGAAUUAGAUUACAAUAGUUUUCGGAUCCCUGUUUUCCUUUGUGAUUGGGUUAGGAGUGAUAAUGGAGUCAAAGACGAUGAAUUUGGAUUCAAGUUAGUGGACUUGAAUCGAAUUGGCCACAAGUUCAAUAAGUUUAUAAUGGCGUCCCAAGCCACUCAAGUAUUUUACAUGAGCGAUCCAUUAGAUGCACGUUGGUCAGUUGUCUUGACAACGCAACCAAAAGAUUAUGCUAACCAAGAAUCUAGUGACGAUGAUCUCAUGCUCAGUGACCAAAUUUAUCAAAUCAUUCCACCACUUAUUGAUUUCACUGUUGAGGACGAUAUAAUAUCAUCUCGAGAUGAUGGGGAAGGAUUAUGGGUGAACGAACCUAUCAAUACAUAAGUUAUCGAAUACAUAUUGAUUCAUUAUGGAAUCAGCACCAAACGAUGAUUGGGAUGGUUUCGUUUAUGAAGAGGAAGAAGCACCCGAAGAACAAUCCAUGCCAGAAGAAUCCAGUAUUGAACUCGAAGAACCAAAGAAGAAAAACACACGCGGUAGAAGCAAACCGAAUGAUAUAACAAAAAUUAAAAAUGAGGGGAAGAUUCUGGAAGUUGAGUACAAUACACCUAUUAUAGGCAUGAUCCUAUUAGAAUAGAAAGAACUUCAUAUGUUGCUUGAUAAUACUAAAAUUCUUUUUAGUGUGACACACCAUACAAUACCCCUCAUUAAUAGGUUGAAUAUGGCUUGAUAUUACUGUGUUGAUUGGCCAAUAAAAUGACUAUUUGUAUUUAUAUAUAUAAGCAUAUCUAAUCUAACUAGUAUUUCUAAAA